GGCUGCUGGACUCACGUGACAGUCGGCAGUCUGGGGGGUGCGGGAAGAUGGCGGCUUGCGGGGGAGACGUGUGCUGCUGCUGUUGCUGCGGGGAGAGGGAGAGCCGCACCCCGGAGGAGCUGACUAUCCUGGGUGAGCCUCGUGAGGAGGAUGAGGAGAUACUUCCCCGGAAGGAUUAUGAGAGUUUGGAUUAUGACCGCUGCAUCAACGACCCGUAUCUGGAGGUUCUGGAAUGCACCAACCGAAAGAAAGCCAAGAGGUACGAGGCCGUUCGGUGGAUCAUGGUCUUCGCCAUCGGCGUGUGCACCGGACUGGUACAGACUGUUUUUUUAGCUUGUUGCUCUUCAUGGACUUCAGUAAAAUUCAGGUGGGUCGUUGGGGUGGAGUCAACUGUUGAGGAAUGUACAGAUCGGGGGUGUCUGGCCCUGUCCCUGCUGGAACUCCUGGGGUUCAACUUGACCUUCAUCUUCAUAGCCACACUCUUCGUCCUCCUCCAGCCUAUAGCAGCGGGAUCCGGGAUUCCUGAGAUUAAAUGUUACCUGAAUGGUGUAAAGGUUCCAGGAGUGGUCCGUCUCAGAACGCUCGUCUGCAAAGUCUUGGGGGUUUUGUUUGGUGUUUCUGGAGGCCUCUUUGUUGGGAAGGAGGGACCAAUGAUUCACAGCGGGGCUGUUGUCGGCGCGGGGCUUCCUCAGUUCCAGAGCAUUUCAUUCCAGAAGAUUCGCUUCAACUUUCCAUAUUUCCGCAGUGACAGGGACAAGAGGGACUUUGUUUCAGCGGGAGCCGCGGCAGGGGUGGCUGCUGCCUUUGGGGCUCCCAUUGGGGGUACACUGUUCAGUUUGGAGGAAGGAUCAUCAUUCUGGAAUCAGGGGCUGACCUGGAAAGUGCUCUUCUGCUCCAUGUCGGCGACAUUCACACUGAACUUCUUCCGCUCUGGGAUUCUGUUUUCAAGCUGGGGGGCCUUCCAAGUCCCCGGGCUCCUAAAUUUUGGGGAGUUUAAGUGCUCCGAUUCGGACAAGAAGUGUCACCUGUGGACUGUAGUGGACUUGGCCUUUUUUAUCAUCAUGGGGAUGGUCGGUGGGUUGCUGGGAGCCACGUUCAACUGCCUGAAUAAAAGACUGGCUAAAUACCGCAUGAGGAAUGUCCACCCGAAGCCCAAGCUUGUUAGGGUCUGUGAGAGUCUUCUGAUCUCUCUGGUCACCACAGUGAUCAUCUUCGUGUCAUCGAUGGUUCUGGGGGAAUGCCGGAAACUUUCUCCCCCGACAAACUGGAACAGCUCCAUCCCUAUGCAGGUCUCCUCAUCGGAUGAAGUCAAUUCCAGCAUCAAGACCUUCUUCUGUCCCAACAACACCUACAACGACAUGGCCACGCUCUUUUUCAACCCUCAGGAGUCGGCCAUCUUGCAGCUCUUUCAUCAAGAAGGCACUUUCAGCCCCAUCACUCUGUCUUUCUUCUGCUCUAUAUACUUCCUCCUGUCCUGCUGGACGUAUGGUAUUUCUGUGCCUAGUGGUCUGUUUGUACCCUCCUUGCUCUGCGGAGCUGCCUUUGGUCGUUUGGUAGCUAACCUCCUGAAAAGUUACUUGGGAUUGACCCACAUCUAUUCUGGAACCUUCGCCUUGAUCGGUGCCGCAGCUUUCCUCGGGGGCGUGGUCCGGAUGACCAUCAGCCUUACGGUCAUCCUCAUCGAAUCGACCAAUGAGAUCUCAUACGGCCUGCCCAUAAUGAUCACGCUCAUGGUUGCAAAAUGGACCGGAGAUUUCUUCAAUAAAGGGAUUUAUGACAUUCAUAUUGGACUGAGGGGCGUUCCUCUGCUGGAGUGGGAGACUGAAGAGGAAUUGGACAAGUUAAGAGCCAGCGAUAUCAUGGAGCCUAACCUCACCUACGUAUACCCUCACACCCGCAUCCAAUCCCUGGUCAGCAUCCUGCGCACUACCGCCCAUCACGCCUUCCCUGUGGUGACUGAGAACCGCGGAAAUGAAAAGGAGUUCAUCCUUGUCAGUCGCCUGAAUGAAAUCGUACCGAAGUCCAGCAUCCUGACGCGAGCCGGCGAACAGCGGAAGAGGAGUCAGUCUAUGAAGUCCUAUCCGUCCAGCGAACUGCGCAACAUGUGCGACGAUCACUUGGCCUCGGAAGAAGCCCCUGAGAAGGAGGACAUGCUGCAGCAGAUGUUAGAGCGAAGGUACACCCCAUACCCAAACCUGUACCCCGACCAAUCGCCUAGCGAGGAGUGGACGAUGGAGGAACGCUUCCGCCCUUUGACCUUCCACGGCAUUAUCCUGCGCUCCCAGCUGGUGACGUUACUAGUCCGGGGUGUCUGCUACUCCGAAACACAGUCCAGUGCUAGCCAGCCCCGCCUCAGCCACGCAGAGAUGUUGGAGGAUUACCCGCGUUACCCCGACAUCCAUGACGUCAACCUGACGCUCCUCAAUCCGCGGAUGAUUGUGGAUGUCACUCCUUACAUGAACCCGAGUCCCUUCAACGUGUCACCCAACACGCCCAUCUCGCAGGUCUUUAACCUCUUCAGAACCAUGGGGCUCAGACAUCUCCCUGUGGUCAACGGCGUAGGAGAGGCUUUUCCCCAUAUCGUUGGCAUCAUUACGCGGCACAACUUGACGCACGAAUUCCUCCAAGCACGCCUCAGGCAGCACUAUAUGACCUCCUGAUCCAGCCGCCCCCCCCUUACCCCACCCCUUGACCUUUGAAUUUAUAAGGGAGCUUAACCUCGGCAGUCGCCCCCUAAAAUGGACGAUCGAGCUUUCCAAGGCCUCGCUAUGGGGUUCUGCCACG